AUGGCCAAAGUAGAUUCUGCCGGUAGAGGAAAUUCAGAAUGUCUGAAUGUGGACUUUAUGCGUUCUCUAGUGCAGCAGUAUUCUGAAUUGGGACAAUGGACAAGUGCAUUCUUCUGGGCAGAUGCAGCGGCAGCAGCUGGAAACAAUACCGCAAGUGGUGAUGAUAUAUGGCUACUGGCCAGUGCAAUGCUCGCCAGGGGAGAGUUACAUCGAGCCGGUCAUGCUGUCACCUCUAGAGGAUUACACAGGAGGCAUCUUCUAUGCUUGGGUGUUGCCCUGCGAGCCUACAUCGCGGCAAAGGAGCCUGCAACUGCAUUAUCCUUAAUAGAAGAAUGUGAUACGCAGUUACUAGAGCCACGUAGUCAUGAUCAAACACACAAUAGAGCCCUAGCUGGAGUAUUGGUAUGGCAAGCUCGAGCCCUUGCAGCAUUAGAGCGGCGAGAGGCAGCAGCCGAAGCCCUUACAACAGCUUUACGAGCUGAUAGCGCUUGCUAUGAAGCGCUGGAUUUACUGCUGGAGCAGCAUGCACUUACUCCAAGACAAGAAACUGAUUUAAUAGAAUCAUUGCCAAUAAACAGUCAGCUGAGUGCUGCGGAGGCAGCUUUUCUGCGAGCCGCAUACAGGGAUCGUCUACUGAGAUACGCGCCACUUCGAUCAUCACUAUCCUCCACAAACAACACUGGAGGAACAGAUACAGGCGGAAACGUGACUGGUUCACAAGGGGUGCUAAGCUCAGUUGAGGCGGCGUUAUCUCGUAGUUUGGAAGGCGCAGCGCGGAAAGCAAGGCGCUUAGCGGCGGCUGGCCAUUGGGCUGAAGCUUUAAAAGAAUUAGACCUUGCCGGGCCCUGGGCGUGUGCAGAUAUACGUGCGGCCUGCCUGGUGGAACUCAGGAAAAGUGCCGAGCUAUUUGCGUUUGCACACGCUCUCGUCGAUGCUUAUCCGCAAUCUUGGACAUCUUGGUUUGCGGUUGGAUGCUAUUAUUACCUCAUAGGUAAAAGUGAUUUUGCUCGCCGCUAUCUCAGUAAAGCUAAAAGCUUAGAGCCUGGUGCGGGGUGCAUUUGGUUGGCCUAUGGGCACAGUUUUGCCGCUGAUAAAGAACACGAUCAAGCCAUGGCUGCCUAUUUUAAGGCAACUCAAUUAAUGGCGGGGUGUCACCUACCGCCAUUGUACGUGGGCGUCGAGAGCUCUUUGCUAAAUAACGUCAGUAUGUGUGAGCGCUUUUUGUUGCGGGCUGCAACGUUGCAUAAUGAUGCUGAGUCGGCAGGGGAGCAGAUAGCGGACGAGACGGACGUGGAGAACGUAAGCGGGUGGGAUCGCAUCGCGCGCGUGGUGUGCGACCCGCACGUGGCUCACGAGGCUGGUGCGGCGGCGUACGCGGCCGGCGAACACGAGGCAGCGCGCGCGCUGUGGCUGCGGGCGCUGGACGCCGCGCGGGACGAACGCGAUCAGGUACCGACACGAGCACGAGGAGGCGCGCGCGCUGUGGCUGCAGGUGCUGGACGCCGCGCGAAACGAACGCGACCAGGUACCGACACGAGCACGAGGAGGCGCGCGCGCUGUGGCUGCAGGUGCUGGAUGCCGCGCGGGACGAACGCGAUCAGGUACCGACACGAGCACGAGGAGGCGCGCGCGCUGUGGCUGCAGGUGCUGGACGCCGCGCGAAACGAACGCGACCAGGUACCGACACGAGCACGAGGAGGCGCGCGCGCUGUGGCUGCAGGUGCUGGACGCCGCGCGGGACGAACGCGAUCAGGUACCGACACGAGCACGAGGAGGCGCGCGCGCUGUGGCUGCAGGUGCUGGACGCCGCGCGAAAUGAACGCUACCAGGUACCGACACGAGCACGAGGCGGAGCGCGCGCUGUGGCUGCAGGUGCUGGACGCCGCGCGAAACGAACGCGACCAGGUACCGACACGAGCACGAGGCGGCGCGCGCGCAGUGGCUGUAGAUGCUGGACGCCAUGCGGGACGAGCGCGACCAGGUACCGACACGAGCACGAGGAGGCGCGCGCGCAGUGGCUGUAGAUGCUGGACGCCGCGCGGGACGAACGCGACCAGGUACCGACACGAGCACGAGGAGGCGCGCGCGCUGUGGCUGCUGGCGCUGGACGCCAUGCGGGACGAGCGCGACCAGCUGCACCCGCGCUGGGCCGCGACGCUGGACGGGCUGGGGCACGUGAGCCGCGCGCUGGGCGAGCCGCGGGCCGCAUUGCGUUGGCACGAGCGUGCGCUGGCGCUGCGACCCGCUCGCGCGGCCUCCCUGACGGCGCGCGGGCUGUGCCUGGCGCUGCUGGGGCGUGCGCGCGCCGCCGCUGACGCGCUGCACGCGGCACUCGCACGCGACCCUGACGACGCGGUCGCACUCGCGCUGCUGGAUGCCGUCGUGGAUAGGCUGGACUCCGCGUUCACAGAAGAGGAGAUCCCGCAGUUUCCGUUCCCUACAGUGAACCUGUCUCUAGCAGCACCCUCUACGCCCGCACAGGCCGUAGAUGCAACCAACAACUCCGACAUGAGUAUGAGCUUCGACUGA